AAGAUUGGAAAUAUGACAUCUGCGUAUCGUCCAAGAGUUAUUGUUAAUGGAACAAGAAGAACAAGAACGUUCCAUUACUUCUAUUGUCGUCAUUGUAGCCGUACCAUUAGGCUGACUAGCUAUGGUCUAUAUGGUCCCUUAUGUCCUUUCUGUUCUAGAGAGAUCAAUCUUCAUGAUGAGCUUGACAUUAUGAGGCCAAGUCGACCUUAUUGGGAUAGCGAUACCGACUGGAUCACGUUUCAUCUUGUCAACCAACCGAGAAGUAACCGGUUCAAUCAUGAUGAUCUAGUUUACAAUACCGACGAGGAAUUCGCUGAUGUGAUGCCUAGCGUACAGAUCGGUCCACCACCUGCCUCGCAAUCCGCCAUCCAGGCUGUGAAAACGGUGAUAAUCACGGAAGAGGAUUUAGCGAAAGAGAAGGUUUGUGCGAUAUGCAAGGAGGAGUUUGAAGUUGGAGAGGAAGGAAAAGAAUUGAAAUGCGUGCAUUUGUACCAUGCAAGUUGCAUUGUGUCUUGGUUGAACAUUCACAACACUUGUCCCAUUUGUCGCUUUGAGGUUAACUUAGGUGUUUCCGAAAGUAACCUAGAAGAAGGAGGGUUGUCUCACCACGUUAACUAUGAUCGAACAAAUCGGUUUAGGACUCGAGUAUGUUCUUUGUGGCCUCUCCGAAUGAUGAUUGAUUGGGUACAUAAUCUCAUAGAUAUAAGAAUAACAAACUCUUGACAAAA